AUGCGCGACCCUCGGCUUUCCUCGCCCUCGCCUCAGCGCGUCCAUCAAGACGUCUUCGAGUACGCCCCGCACGACUCGAUGCCGUCGACUUCCCAUGCCCCAUUCCCCGUCGCACACCCGCACGCACCGACGACCGAGUCCUUCCUCUCCAACCAGCCUCACUUCUCCAGCAGUUCAUCUCGCUCAACUCGCAACGAGCAGGUGCAGUGGAUGCACUCGCAGCGACCGGCGCAGCCUCACCCUCGGAGCGACCAAUACUCGUCGCGAGAACAGUACCUGCAGCAGCCGGCAAGACCGCAACAGCCUGCGACAAUCCCCAUCCACCGAGUCUACGUUCUUCGAUGCGCAACCUGCGACACCUUUCUGUCAGACCGAGGGAUGCGGGCCGUCCUCCUCCUCAAGCCUCACAUCGUCCUAUUCUCCACCGACGCCGCGCCUGCGAACUCGGAGACGUUCUGGCCUGGCGAGCUCGGCGAGGAGGAGCAUGUUGAGCGGACGUGCAGCUGCUUGACGAGCUCCAUCAACUGCCACGGUUGCGGCAAGACCGUCGGAUACCACAUCGUUUCGCCCUGCGCCAAGUGCACUGCGUCGGUCCAGAAGCAUCAGCGAACGGCGAAUCACCACCGAUAUGUCUUCCACCACAACGAGGUGACUUCGCGCGAACGAAUGUACUUCCCUGACGAAAGAGGCGUCAACAACCCCUUCGUCGCCCGGUCUUCCGCGCUAGUGGCGACCUCGUCACCGAACCGACACUGUCGCAGCGCUGGAGAAGAGGCUGCCGACGCCGCCUCGUCCGCACGCUCGCGACACGGCGAACGCCUUCUCAAGGCGGGCGACACGCUUUACUGGCACCUGCUCAUCCCUGGCGGAGAGCGGUGCCAGAGCAUCGACCCUCGGACACGAGAGCCGGUUUGGAGCGAGAACGUCGGACGUUGA